AUGGCCUCCCUCUCUGAAGAAAUUCGGCGGUUGUCUGAGCUCUUUUCCAACGGAGUUCUUUCGGAGGAGGAGUUUAGGGCAGCCAAGGAGGCCACAAUCAAGAAUUACGCCUCGCUUGCAACUGCGGCUCCUCAGGUGGGCAAAGAGGGGGAAGAGGGGCAGGGAGCGGAGGCACACGCUCGUUUCUUACGCGUCAAUAUUUCCGGGUUUAGUGAUGAUUUCGCGGGCCAAGCGCAACGCAAUAAGGCAUAUACUCUUCUAGAAGCGAUUUUGCGCAAUCUUCUUCAGUUUCCAGAAGAAGAAAGAUACAGACGGCUGCGCCUCAGCAAUGCAGCUUUGCGCUCGCAGUUGUUUCCCGUUCCUGGCGUAAUGGGGUUUCUGCAGUCUAUUGGAUUUGCGAGGCGCUCGCCUGAUGGUGGUGAGGGCGGUGAUUGCUUGCAGCUUCCGGAGGCGCCCAGCCGCCCGUUGCUAGAUGAAGGGUUGGGGGCGAUAGCAUUUUUGCGCCUUCGCGAUGGAGAAGCCGUGGCGCGCAACAAAGACUGCGCGCGGUUGCGUCGCAGCUUGGGUCUGGAGGUGCGCCGCGAACGCUGGGAAAAGGCAAAGGCGGUGGGCGAGCUGCGCUCGCACAUUGAGCGCGAGUUUUGUUGCGACGACUGCGGUGACGGGCUUUAUUCCUCUCAGGCAAGCUUGGAAAAGCUGGAGACUAUUCUGACAAAUGCGCUCCGCUACCCUGCGGAGGCCAAGUACCGGCGGCUGCGGCUCAGCAACCCAGCGGUUUGCGCGGCUGUUUUGCGGCAGCGCGGGGGGCUGGAGGUGCUGGUCGGCUGCGCGGGGGGCGUGGUGGAGGAGGAGGAGGGGGAGUCGUUCCUCCUGCUGCGCGAGGGGGCUGCGACAGAAGGAAAGCUGCGCUGCGCCCUUCAGGCCGUAGAGGGGGCGCGGGCGGCGGUGCGCGAGGCCCAGCGAGAGGCGGGCCGGCGGACGCGCGAGGAGGCGAUGGAGGAGGUGCGCAGGGAGGCGCGGCGGGAGCUCCGGCAGUGUUGUCCGCCCCCCGCUCCGGAGGGGCCUGGGGUGGGCGCUCGGGCGCCCGGGGAGGCACGGCGGGGGCGCCGCAUCCCGGUGGCAGAGGCGCUGCGGCACCUAAUGGGGCAAAGGGGGGCCGAGGAGGACGAAGAAUGA